AUGAGAUAUCUGUCCCGCGUCAUCGCCGGAAGUGACGUACGUGUCAACGGUGGAGGGAGUGACCAGUCCAGAAUGGACUCCUUUCCCAAGUGUUCUGUCUGUCAGCAGCAGUUUACCCUGAAAGGCGCCGCCCCCUACCUACUGCCCUGUCUACAUGCUGUGUGUGAGACAUGUAUGACAUCUGCAGCUGGUGGUGUGAUAUCAUGCUCUACUUGUCAGGGGGAAGUCCACCUCACAGACACACACCUCCAGAAGGAUACAGUGAGACAGAAAGAAAUAUUCCAUCUGACGGUCAAACAUCGCCCCACAGAGCUUAUCUGUACACACGAAGAUGACAGCAACCAGGCUGUGUGUUGGUGUCAGGACUGUGACGAGUUACUCUGUGAAUACUGCCAGAACAUGCACAGCAACUUCAAAGUUACCAGAAGCCAUGUAGUUCAAAUUUUCGCCGACUUGGAACCGACUAUCUCGACCGUUCCAAAAUUUUGCAGCAUCCAUAAAUAUCACCCCCUGUAUCUGUUUGAUAAAAGCUGCAGGAAAUUAAUCUGUGCGAGAUGCAGAAUUCAAGAUCAUGCCGACCACGAAGUUGAGAAGUUUGAUGUGGCUGCUGAAACUGUAACAAAGCAACUGGAAUAUCAUAAGAAUGAACUAUCAACGUUACAGACACGCCACCAGGCAAACAUGCAGAGUAUCAGGCAAGGAACCGAAUCCACUGACGAAACACACAAUUCUUUGAAAGAAAAUAUUCGUCACAUUUUCCAAUCUUUGAGAUCACAACUUGAUCAAAGAGAGAAGGAACUUCUCUUCGAUCUGGAAAAUCAUACUAGGGAGACAAAGGCAACACAGCAUUCUCUUCUCACCGCCUGUGUAGAAGACAAGAACAAAUGCAUACGGGUGUUAGACUACAUCAAUAAUGUCUUCCACUAUGCUUCAAAGUCAGACAUCCUCGGCCUGGAGACAUAUGUUGGGGAGAUGACUGGGACCUGCUUGGACACUGCCGCGUCUCAAACAUAUGCAGUACCCACAGCUGUCUUCAACACCAACAGUUUGUCAAAACUGAAAGCGACUCUAUCAGGAUUUGGUGCCAUUUUGACGAUGGAUAUGGACGGAAAAUCGGAAAUAAUUGCUGACAGGGGUACUCAGACUGAUGAUGACUUUAUGGCAGACGUGGAAAUGAAACACAAAAUGGACAUGGAAGAACUAAAGACGAAAAUCGAUUCAGUCGAAAAGCACAUUGAAAGCCUUACAAAGCUGACAGACAAGCUCAAUUCAGAAAUCGAAAGCUUGAAAUCACGCAUUGAUGAGAAAGAAGCCAUUGAGAAGAAGGAUGCCAAAAGAAUAGAUCUCUUGCUUGGUGUAGCCAGAGAAUGUGGUGUUCAUCUGCUGAAGCCAGGGGCUGUAGACAGAUCUUUGAUGCUGAAGUGUGUACCUCUAAAGUAUGACAAAGACAGAGUCAGUCUCGCCUACGUCCACAUCAACACGGAAGGAGACCUGGUCAACAGGAAGUCGGACACCAGACCUGCAGGGAAGGGCAGACUGAAGAAGUACUGGGGCACAUGCAGUACUGACCCCCUUCCCCAGGAUGGCUGUCCCAAGUACUGGGAGGUAGAGAACAGGGUCAAUCUGGACAAACCACUCCCAGAAAACUGGCUCAUCCUGGAGGUUGGAGUAUGUAGGGAGGAGCAGAGGGACGUGCAUCAUUGUAUAGGUUUACGUCCUUACUCCUACUGUAUGAACGUUGCCCAGUGUAGUACACACGGCGGGAUAUGCAGGAGGAUAUGGAAGGAGGGGCAGUAUGUGCUUCAUCUGCCUGACACUCUUCCCAACACAGCAGGGGCAUCACACACACUACAUUACGGUGUUGUCUAUGAUGACACCAGGAAGAAAAUUGUCUUCAUUGAUGUGAAGGAGAAGAAAGUCAUGUCUACGUUAGACAAUGUAGACUGUAGUGAACCACUGUGGCCGAUGUUCGGGGUGUAUAACCCACCUCACCUCACUGUCAGCAUGAGACUAGUAGUGGGCAGCGACAUCAACAUGACGGAGGAGAAAAAAGCCAUGAUUGUCAAGGCUCUGUCGUGAUGCUCAAAGUGAUGGUGAUUUGAACUCACAGACACUCGAAUUAAAUACUACUAAGGAAUACUUCAUAACUUGAUAAUAUCUUCUCUAUGAAAAAGGACGUUUACAAUGAUCAAGUACAUGGCAUCGCCAUGUAUUUACAUACAACUCUGUCAAAGUGUACUAUUUACACAACACAAAACCAGUAGUAGCUACUACAUCCAGUGUGUAUAAUUAUGAAAUAUGAAAUGCAGGAUUCUAAUUCAACUUAGUAUGUAACACGAGUUCUGAUUGGUCAAUGCCUUAAAUUUCUGACCGUAUAAUCAGCAUAUACAAUUGAUAACCGAUUUACCAAAACCUGCCUAUCCAGCUAAAUGUGUGGAAUGUGUGUUAAAAAUAGACAAAACAGUAUCAUAAAUUUAAUUUUAAGAUAAAACAACUUACUGGCAACGGGCUGUUGACCCAACACUGUUAGAUCAUGAAACAAGAUUUAUGACGUCACUAUGACGUUAUUUCACAACAGAAUGUAUAAUGGCCCGUAGUUGAGGUAUCAGCGGGCCGCUCAUUUCUGAUAACUAGAUAGUGGUUUCAUCAUAAUUCCGUCCUUUUUAUCUACAACACUAUGAUUUAUUUAUCAGAUUUAGACAGUGUGCACAUAAUAAACGUGUUGAAGUUUGAA